AACCGGACACCCCCACCUCCCACAUCUCCCGUGCCAGAGACCGAUGGAGACGACCUGUGCAGGAUAGAUGUCACCGACAUGGCCAUAGACGGUGUCACACUGCUCGUCUGCCUCAUUGGGCUGGUGGGGAACGGGGCCGUCCUCUGGAUCCUCGUUUUACGCAUCCGCAAGAAUCCCAUAACCGUCUACUUCCGAAGCCUGGCCUUCAUCAACUUCAUCUUCCUCCUCUUCAUGGCCAUCUCAUCCCUCCUCUACAUGAUAGAGAAUGCCUCCUGCUCUGCUAACCUGCCCACGCUGUCACUGAGUUCGCUUUCCCAGCUCUCGCUGUUCUCCUACAACACAGUAGCGUACCUCCUGACAGCCAUCAGCAUCGAGAGGUGCGUGUCCAUUCUAUUCCCACUCUGGUACCGCUACCGCCGACCCCAGUACUUUUCGGAUGUGAUGUGUGACCUGUGCUGGUUCUUCUCCAUUAUUUUCUUUGCUGUAGCGACUUCUCUGUGCUUGUCACAUAAGCACGACCUCGAGCACUGCCGGAUGGCUCUCAUCUCCAUGUACGUCCUCAACUUCCUUGUCUUUGCCCCACUCAUGGUCAUUUCCAGCACAAUCCUCUUCAUUAAGGUCCUGUGUGCCUCCCAGCAGCGCCAACUCAGGAGGCUCUACAUCGUUAUCUUCCUUACUGUCCCCCUCUUUAUCAUCUUGGAGGUUCCCUGGAAUUUCCAGCAGCAGUUCUUACCCUGGCUGUGGAAGAGCUUCUCCGGAGGGAUCCGCCGCCCUGAGCCAUGCCCUGCCUCUCCCACGCCACGGCGCCCUGGCAAUUGGGAGGAACUUUUGGCCUCUCUGCCGGUUGCCCACCUGGCUACCUGGUUCUUUGCUGCAGUAGCCUUCGCCUGCUCCAAACCUCCAGGUCGCCUUCCGAAGGGUCUUCGAGGAGCCAGAGGACAACACCGCACGCAGCAAUGA